CCUCCCAAGACAGACAAGGCCACGGUUGUGCUGAACAUCCGCGACGAGAACGACAACGUGCCCACCAUUGACAUCCGUAAAAUUGGGCGCAUCCCGCUCCGGGAUGGGGUGGCUAGCGUGGCUGAGGGCGGGUUGGGGGGUAACCCCCCAUCGGACCGGGAUCAAGGUGAGAAUGGUGUGGUGACUUGCACCGUGGUGGGUGAUGUGCCAUUCCAGCUCAAGCCAGCCAGCGAGGGCGAAGGGGAGCCACAGAACAAGCGCAAGUAUUUUCUCCACACCUCAGCCCCUCUGGACUACGAAGCUGUCCGCGACUACAACGUGGUGAUCGUGGCUGUGGACUCGGGCAGCCCCAGCUUGUCCAGCAACAACUCCUUGCUGGUGCGGGUCGGGGACACUAACGACAACCCUCCCGUGUUCAGCCAGGCCGUGCUGGAGGUGUCCUUCCCAGAGAACAACUUGCCCGGCGAGAGGGUGGCCACGGUGGUCGCCACAGAUGCGGACAGCGGCAAGAACGCUGAGAUCACCUACUCCCUGGAGGCCUCACCCCUCUCCUCAGAAGCACCAGGUGGCAUCUUCAGCAUCGACCCUGACUCUGGUGACGUGUCGGUGCAGGUGGUGCUGGACCGUGAGCAACGUGACACUUACGAGUUCCAGGUGACAGCCCGGGACAAAGGGGUGCCAUCGCUGCAGGGCUCCACCACGGUGGUGGUGCGGGUGGCGGAUCGCAAUGACAAUGAGCCGCGCUUCAUGCAGGAUGUGUUCACUUUCUACGUGAAGGAGAACCUGCAGCCCAACAGCCCUGUGGGCAUGGUAACCGUGAUGGACUUCGACAAGGGCCGCAACGCUGAGCUCAGCCUCUCCAUCCAGCCUGGUGACCACGACCAGGCAGCCAGUAUCUUCUCCAUUGAGAAUGACACCGGAACCAUUUUCUCCACCGUCUCUUUUGACCGGGAGCAGCAGACCAGCUACACUUUUAAGGUGAAGGCAGUAGAUGGAGGUGAGCCACCACGCUCUGCCACUGCCACCGUGUCCCUCUUCGUGAUGGACGAGAACGACAACGCGCCCACGGUCACCUUCCCCAGCAACAGCUCCUACACUGUGCUGCCACCCUCCAGCAACAUGCGCACCGUGGUGGCCACCGUGGUCGCUACUGACGCUGACACCGGUCUCAACGCUGACCUCAACUACAGCAUUGUCGGGGGUAACCCCUUCAAACUCUUCGAGAUUGAUCCAUCCAGCGGUGUGGUGUCACUGGUGGGCAAGCUGGCCCCCAAGCACUAUGGCCUGCACCGCCUUGUGGUGCAGGUGAACGACAGUGGGCAGCCACCACAGUCCACCACUGCCCUGCUCCACGUCUUUGUCAACGAGAGCCUGUCCAACGCCACCGUGGUGGAGAGCCAAGUGGCCCGCAGCCUCCACACACCUCUGGCCCAGGACAUCGCCGGUGACCCCAGCUAUGAGCUGAGCAAGCAGCGGCUUAGCAUAGUCAUCGGCGUGGUGGCUGGCAUCAUGACUGUCAUCCUCCUCAUCCUGGUGGUGGUCAUGGCCCGCUACUGCCGCUCCAAAGGCAAACACGGCUAUGAGGCUGGCAAGAAGGACCACGAGGAUUUCUUCACCCCGCAGCAGCACGACAAGGCCAAGAAGCCCAAGAAGGACAAGAAAGGCAAGAAGGGCAAGCAGCCCCUCUACAGCAGCAUCGUCACCGUUGAGGCUUCCAAGCCCAAUGGGCAGCGCUACGACAGCAUCAACGAGAAGCUCUCGGAC